AUGAUUCAUUGUGUUUCAGGCACAACUGUGAUAGUCCCAGGCACAACUGGUGCCCCUGGCAGUUCCAGCACAGGUACAACUAAGAGCAUCUCUGAAAAAACUCUAGAACCUGGAAAUGCCAAAACAGGCACCUCUGGGACACCAGGGGGACGAGUUCCUGGAGAUGAGACAGGUACCACUGGAGGAUUCUCUAGAACAACCAUUACAUCUGGAAAUGCUAACACAGACCUCACCAUUCUCUUACUUCUUCCUCCAGAGGUCACAGAAUCCACACAAGGGACUGGCUUUACUGGAACUGGAGCUAUACCAGGUGAGAAAGAAGAACCCAUGUUUGGGGUUAUCAGAACUAAGUGUUUCCAUGUACCUCCCUUCAGAGCAUCUGCAUUUUCUUUUAUGAACACUGGAAGAGCUGAGACCACUGCACCAGGAAGCUAUAUCUCUAGCAGCCAAACAGGCACCAAUGACGUCAUCUCUGGAACAACUAUUGCACCUGGACGCUCCAGCACAAAAACCACAAUAUCCACAGGAGGCAGUAAAACCACUCAAGUGGAAUGGAAAACAGGUAUCACUACAAUAUUAGGUGAAGAAGCUUCACUCCCAGAAGGUUCUUUUCCAGGCACUAGAAUAGUUCCUGGGAUCACCAGCUCACCUGGAAAUUCUAAUGCAGGAUCUACCACUGGAACAUUUGAGAAGCAAAGUCCUAGAAGUGAAACAGUUACCACUGGGGUAACCCCUCACACAGCCAUUGAACCUGGGAGGAGUUCUAGCACAAAGUCUACAACUUCUUCCGAAAUCAAAGCUAACACUGGAGCUGAAACAGCAACUGGUACUACACCACCAGCUACUACACCACCAGCAUCAGUGGGAGUCACCAGUAACCAAGAAGGAACCCCAGUAGUAUCAAGUGGUAUGUCUGAAAACUCUAACGCAGGCACCACCAAGGGAGUAUCUGAAAGAACCACUACGUCUGUAAUUUCUACCACAGGAACAACUGUGGUAACAGACAAUCAAGAAACUGAAAAUACAACAGAAUGCCCAGUACCACUUCCACCAACCCCAGUUUGUCAUGGUCCACUGGGAGAAGAGAAAUCUCCUGGCGACAUAUGGAUUGCCAAUUGCCACAGAUGUACUUGUACUGAUGCAAAGACUCUAGACUGCAAACCCAAGGAAUGCCCUUCUCCACCUAUAUGCAAAAAUGGAGAGCGGCUCAGAAAGUUCCGAACUAAUGACACGUGCUGUGAAAUUGGAUACUGUGAACCAAGGACAUGCUUAUUUAACAAUACAGACUAUGAGGUUGGGGCUUCAUUUGAUGACCCCAGCAACCCGUGCAUCUCCUACUCCUGCAAGGACACUGGCAUCACUGCAGCAGUGCAAAACUGCCCAAAGCAGACCUGGUGUGAAGAAGAAAACAGAAUCUAUGAUUCAAAAAAAUGUUGCUAUACAUGUAAGAAAAACUGCACAACAUCACUUGUCAAUGUGACGGUUAAGCUCAAUGGUUGCCAGAAGAGGAUUAAGAUGGCAGUAUGCUCAGGGGAUUGCAAGAACACUAUUAAGUAUAAUUAUAACAUCUUUCAGUUGGAAAAGUCAUGCCACUGCUGCCAAGAAGAAGCCUAUGAACAGAGAGAAAUUGAUCUUGACUGUCAGGAUGGCAGCACACUACCUUAUACAUACAGGCACAUCACAGCAUGCUCGUGCUUAGACAAGUGCCAACAAUCUAUGAUGAGUUAA